AUGGCCUCGCCUCGUUUUCGCUUGGUUGCAGACCCAGCUUUGGGUGUGUCCGACUUGGAAGCUUGCCUGAAAGACUUCCACUCCGCCUGCACCGACUCGAAGAAGUCGUUGAACUUUGGCGAGUACCUCAAGCUUCCUCCCGGCUUGACCUGGAAGUCUGCUCCCAAUGCGGCACACUUGGCAAAGUUGAGCCCGCUGCUUUGCAAACAUGCCGCAAUCGCUCCGAACGGAGUUUUGCCUGCAAAGAAGCAUAAGAUGGCACUCGAGUCACUCGAGUCAGUCCACAACUCCAUCGGCUUGCAGAAGUCGGAGAAGCGAAGCCUCCCGGACUUUCUGGACUUUUGCGACGAUACGAUUCGGAUGGCUCUCAGUCACUGUCGUUCUUUGAAGAAUGAUCUGGCGAAGGCCAGGCUCUUCAGGAAGGCCGACUCGAGCCAGCAGCGAGCCAUCGAGGAUGUGCUGUCUUUGUUGACGGGUGUGUCGGCAGAGGCAGUUGCAGAGGAGGCCGUUGAACGAGGCUCAGGCUCCCAGUCCUUGGCUCUGGUGCCACAGGGUGUGAGCACCAGCUCUUUGGAAGUGGAAGAGGUGAUCACUCCGGGUGCGAAGAAGCUGGCAGAGUCGCAGGGUCUUUGUUCCGAGCUCCAGCAGUUUCAGCAGGUGGAUCCUGCAGCUGUGUUCCAGAGUGUGCUUGGGAAGGAGGAUUGGGACGGGUCGCAGGGUGCCUGCUGUGGGGUGGAAGAGGUGAAGACUCCACAGAAGCAGCAGAAGCCUCAGACUGCGAAGCUCGCCGACGGGUCGCCCAAGCUCUUCUUGAAGGGCCUCUUGUCAAUCAAGAACAUUGGCCCCGAAGACAUGGAAGUGGUGAAUGGCCUCAAGGAUCACAAAGUCAACUUGGAGAAGCCGCCUCCGAAGCCGAAAAGCAAGAACAAGAAGCAGCCCUUGUUUGCAUGUUGCCCCCGUGUACCUGCAUUGGCCAGCGACUCCAGAUUGUUUGGCACUCUUUCGCUUGACAGUGCAGCUUGA